CCGUCCCUAAUGUCUCGGCACUUCCCAGCUGUUGCCAGCUGCUUCCAACAACCCCUACAAACACAGCAGACCGACCAAUGCUGUGCAAUGCUGUGACCUCAUCUGUUAGAGGCUGCCCUUCGUGCCAUUCAUCCUCCCCACUACUAUCACCCUUCCCUUGCCUUGUCCUCGGUCACCUCGAUCAUCGUUGGUGGAGAAUUCCAGCCUGCAACGAGUUUGGCGCCGUGUAGCUUUUGUCAAACGAUUCAUUAAGCCCUGUGUCAUAAUUGGAAACUCCCAGAACCGUUUUUCUCCUUCUCUUCCUUCCGCUUCGCCCGAAUGCAAAAAUCAGUAGCCUGGUCUCUUAUUCUGGAACAUUUUCCGCCCGUCAGCCACACUCGAGUGAGUCGUAGCUUUCCGGCACGUCACGAUCAAAUCGAGUUGAGUCGCAGGUCUCAUUAUUCCGGACAGCUGAGCGGGGACUGUGAGCAAUACUGGAUCUUAGUGGAUAACGGAUAGCCUGAAUAAUAGACGAUAUUUCUGAAGCACCAUGCGGAAGAGCAUCGCAACGAAAAGUCGCGAGAACCGGCUUCCGUUUUCAGCGGUUUUCAGUGAGGGAUCACCAGUGACGAAAGUGUUAAGGAGAAGAAUAGCAACACACGCCUUAUCAGCUGUUAUCAACGAUUCUUGCACGAACGGAACCAAUUAGAGACUAUUUGACCAUGAAGUGGUAUGUGCGUAGAACUGUCGACUUAACAACUUGUGAUGAAACAGAUUACUCGGAUUAUCGCUUCGAAAUCGUAAGAUUGAAUUCUUUCGCCAUGUGGCCUGUGUCAACCAUGGAUCCCAAAAAGCUCGCGGCCGCCGGUUUCUUCUACACUAAAAAAGAAGAUGCAGUAAAGUGCUUUGAGUGCAAAAUUAUUUUGUCAAGCUGGAUGGACGGCGAUAAUCCCAAGGUCGAGCAUCAACGUUGGUCCGGAAGAUGUAAAUUCAUCCGGGAUCUUCCUUGUGGAAAUGUACCAAUCGGCACCGAUCCCAGCACGAUUCCCAAAGUAUCCAAACGAGUAGAUACUUGCGGACUUUACGGCGUCAAGUACAUGCCGCUGUCUGGUCCGGACAAUGAUCUGCAGAUUGAAAGUGCCAUGAAUUCUGACUCCACAUUUACUGAUCUGAAUGACGAUAUUGACAUUACGGUCUUCUGGGACGCCGAUACGAACGCCCAUGUCACGGCCAAGCUCAGCGACGUGUUAGGCUCGAAACAGCCCACAUACGCUUCCUAUGAGCGUAGAUUACGUUCUUUCGCAAUAUGUACUUCCGAUACGAUAUGUGAGAAAAAAGAAGAAUUGGCUAAAGCUGGUUUCUUCUAUCUUAGCGGCCUUUUUGAACCUUCUGAUCAAACGAUGUGUUUCUACUGCGGAAAAUGUUUGAGAGCUUGGGAACAGACGGAUGAUCCUGUGGAAGAGCACAUUAAGUGGUAUCCCCAAUGCAAUUUUAUCAAGAAGAUAUUAGCAAAGGAACAGUUAAAGAAGAAAAGCGAACUGUGCGCAGAACGGACAGACCAUGAGAGUGAGACUAAUCCUACAGAUGCUACGACUACCGUUUGAUAAUUUAAUUCAAUAUUCUUAAUAAACGAACUAUCCUUUUAUCAAAUCUGACUGAAGCCUAAUGAUAAGGCUGCAUUAUAAUAAAGAAGCAUGCAACAUAUAUUUACAUGCGAAAUAUUGUGUUUGUGUUAGACAAUACGUACGAGAAUCAUUAAAUUAGAUAUCAAUUUUUUUUAUAAUAAAGAUACAUUUAGACAUGUUUAAUCAUCUGAUAUGCUUAAGAACGAUUUACUAUAAUCUAGUUAAAUAAAAAAUGCUUAAUGACAUGACUCAUUAGCGAAUCAGUA